GAAAGUUCUUUCCAUCUCUCAAACAGUACUAAUAUAUAACAACACGACACUAAUGCCCUAGCCUCCUCUCAUCUCUCCAUCUCUUGACAUUUUAGGGUUCUCUUUCUCCUUGACAACUCUAUUUCAAAUCAUUCAAUCCCAAAAUUGUUAGGGUUUGGUCGGAUAGGAUAGAUUUGGAUGGGUACGGAGAGGAAGAGGAAGGUGAGUUUAUUCGACGUGGUUGACGAGACGUCGCUUUCUGCGAAGAUCGUGAAAUCGAACGGGGCGAUGGGUAACAAUAACAAUGGAGGAAGUAGUUUGAUAAAUCGGUGGAAUGGGAAGCCCUACUCACAGAGGUACUAUGAUAUAUUAGAGAAGAGGAAGAAUUUGCCUGUUUGGCAUCAAAAAGAGGAUUUCUUACAAGUUUUGAAGAAAAAUCAGGUUAUCAUCCUUGUUGGCGAGACUGGUAGUGGUAAAACCACUCAGAUUCCUCAGUUUGUUUUGGAAGCUGUAGACUUAGAAUCUCCGGAUAAACGUAGGAAGAUGAUGAUUGCAUGUACCCAACCUCGAAGGGUGGCUGCAAUGUCUGUUUCUCGACGUGUUGCUGAGGAGAUGGAUGUUACAAUUGGCGAAGAGGUUGGUUAUAGCAUCCGUUUUGAAGACUGUAGCAGUGCGAGAACGGUUUUGAAGUAUCUUACUGAUGGUAUGCUUUUAAGAGAGGCAAUGACCGAUCCACUUUUGGAACGGUACAAAGUAAUAAUUCUUGAUGAGGCCCAUGAAAGAACUCUAUCAACAGAUGUGCUAUUUGGGCUUCUUAAAGAAGUGCUGAAAAAUAGGCCUGACCUGAAGCUAGUUGUAAUGAGUGCAACACUAGAGGCUGAGAAAUUUCAGGGUUAUUUUGGUGAAGCACCUCUUAUGAAAGUUCCUGGCAGGCUUCAUCCGGUUGAGAUUUUUUAUACCCAGGAGCCUGAGAGAGAUUACCUAGAGGCAGCUAUUCGGACAGUUGUCCAGAUACACUUGUGUGAACCCCAUGGGGACAUACUUGUUUUCCUAACUGGUGAGGAGGAGAUAGAAGAUGCUUGCCGAAAAAUAACAAAAGAAAUUGGAAAUUUAGGGGACCAAGUAGGGCCAGUGAAAAUAGUGCCUCUAUAUUCUACGCUUCCACCGGCCAUGCAGCAAAAAAUAUUUGAACCUGCUCCACCUCCACUACAGGAGGGUGGCCCGUCUGGAAGGAAGAUUGUGGUGUCAACAAACAUUGCAGAAACUUCUUUGACUAUAGAUGGUAUUGUUUAUGUUAUUGACCCUGGCUUCUCAAAACAAAAGGUUUAUAACCCACGAGUGCGGGUUGAGUCUUUGUUAGUUUCCCCCAUAUCAAAGGCUAGUGCUCACCAGAGAUCAGGACGUGCUGGAAGAACUCAACCAGGCAAAUGUUUUAGACUCUACACAGAGAAGAGUUUCAAUCAGGAUCUCCAGCCACAGACCUUUCCAGAAAUAUUGCGGUCAAACCUGGCAAAUACAGUUCUAACGUUGAAGAAAUUGGGGAUUGAUGAUCUGGUGCACUUUGAUUUCAUGGAUCCUCCUGCCCCUGAGACAUUGAUGCGAGCAUUGGAGGUGUUGAAUUAUUUGGGAGCAUUGGAUGAUGAGGGGAACAUGACAAAGCUUGGGGAGAUCAUGAGUGAAUUUCCCUUGGAUCCUCAACUGUCAAAGAUGCUCGUUGUGAGUCCUGAAUUCAACUGUUCGAAUGAAAUUCUUUCAAUUUCAGCCAUGCUUUCAGUACCCAAUUGCUUUGUCCGCCCUAGGGAGGCUCAAAAGGCUGCCGAUGAAGCGAAGGCUAGGUUUGGGCACAUUGAUGGGGAUCACCUCACGCUGCUGAAUGUGUAUCAUGCAUAUAAGCAAAACAAUGAGGAUCCAUCUUGGUGCUAUGAAAAUUUUGUCAAUCAUAGAGCAUUGAAGGCUGCUGACAAUGUAAGACAACAGCUUGUGCGUAUCAUGGCCAGGUUUAACCUCAAGUUAUGCAGCACUGACUUCAACAGCCGUGACUACUACAUCAACAUAAGAAAAGCUAUAUUAGCCGGAUACUUCAUGCAGGUUGCUCACCUUGAACGAUCUGGACACUAUUUGACAGUGAAAGACAACCAAGUGGUGCACCUGCAUCCUUCAAAUUGUUUGGAUCACAAGCCAGAGUGGGUGAUAUACAAUGAAUAUGUCUUGACCAGCCGGAAUUAUAUACGGACUGUGCUAGACAUUCGUGGGGAAUGGUUGGUAGACAUAGCACCACAUUACUAUGACUUGCAAAAUUUCCCGCAAUGUGAGGCCAAGCGGGUUCUUGAAAAGCUUUACAGGAAGCGGGAGAGGGAGAGGGAGGAGAACAGGAACAGAAAAUGAAUGUAUUGACUGUUGAGUUGCUGGAUCCUUCCAGUAUUUCUUAUCCUGAAACUAAAGCGUGGCUGUCCUUCAGAAGCUAUCCAGUACUUGUGUGCAACACAACCACCACCUUUCUGGAUCCAGUUGCCUGGCCAAUCUGGCUUGUACCAUUUCUUCAAAUAGUAGCUUUAGGCAUUUUUCAUUUUCUCUGUACUUCAAGCAUCUACAUUUAUUUUUGGAUAUGGGAUUGUUGCCGUUUUAAGGUUUAGGCGUUAAACAUUUAAAGAAAUUGAAACGGGUAUGAAUUUGCUA